UGAGAAUAAAAUCGGUUUCCCGGUGGCUUUCUUAUUAUCGAAUAGACUGGAUCAAACCAUCCAAAAUAUUUUUUUUGAUGCUUUGAAAUCUAAGAUUGGAGAGCCAGUGGACGCAGAAUAUAUUAUGACCGAUGAUGAUAUAAAAUAUUAUAAUGCAUGGUGUCAGGCAAUGGUAACUGAAAGAAAGCCAAGAAGGCUCCUCUGUACUUGGCAUGUUAUUAAGAAUUGGAAUAUACAGGGGAGAAACAAGUUGAAGAAUGUGGACAACAAAAAAGAGAUGAAAAAUAGAAUGCGAAAAAUUUUGAAGGAGACUGAUGUAUCAACAUUCCACAAGAUGAAAGACGAAUAUUUCAAGCAUUUGGAAGAAGGACAGGAAAAUGAAUUUUUGAAAUAUUUAAAGAAUUAUUAUUUCCAAAGUGAAGAAAGAAUCAUGAUGUGGGCUCACUGCCACAGAGUAAAUGUUGGGAUUAAUACCAACAUGGCUAUAGAAAGCCUGAAUAAAGUAUUGAAGUACAAUAAAAUGAGGGGAAAUCAGAAUUUACGGGUAGAGAAAUUACUGGACACUUUGGAGGAAUUGGUAAAUGAAAAGAUGUGGAAAAACAUUAUUGACACUGAAAGACCUUCUGCCAAUCAAUACCAGGCCAGAGUUAACCGAGAAGCUCAUUCGAAAGCAGAAAAUGGACUGACCGAUAAAGUAGUAUGCUUAGAAACUGGUGAGUUUAGAGUACCAUCGGAAUCCGUGAGUAAUAAAUUUUAUAUUGUGUCAUAUAAUGAGUUGUGUGAUAAGGAUUGCACAUCUCUAUAUUGCAUUAAGUGCAAAAUAUGCAUCCAUAGGUUUAGAUGUCAAUGUGCAGAGUUUACUAUAAAAACUGCCAUGUGUAAACAUAUACAUGCAGUUGCUCUGGUCGCAGAGAGAAGCGAUUCUGUUUUAGGUGUGAGAACUGUAAAUGAUGAUGAUGAGGACAACAACUUAUAUAUAUGUCAACCAUCAACAAGUAGGGCUGCUUAUGAAAUGGAUGUCCAGAGUGUCGUAGGUGGAUCCAGUCAAAUUACAAAUGAUCCAAUAGAUUCUACUACAAAAGAUAUUGUAUUAGAACAAGCUAGAAUGCAGCUUGGUUUAUUGGAUGUGGGUACCCUUCGUAACAUUGCAAAAAUUAUUAGAGACGCUUAUAACUUGCAAUGCAAUAAUGCUUCUACCAGCAGAAAAAGAAAAAUAGAGAAACAGUUGUAUUUCCCAAAUCUAAAUGAGAUAAUUAAAUAAUGUUAGAAGAGGAAAAUUGGAAUUGAAAGAGUCCUUAUGUAUUUUUCUAUUGCAACAUGUUGGUGUAAGGAUGGUUUUAAGGCUAUACUUGAAAGAGCUUUCUAUUUCAGACUUUGAAUUUCAACCACCUCGGAGAAGACUCUAAUUUCCCUUUAUGGAAGAAUCAAGAUAAGAUGUCCUUCAGUAUUGAAUAUCUCCUGUUAAUUUUGUUUUGUUUUUUUUUUGUAAACACGGGGAGGCAGGGUUUUUUCUUCUGAGGUUUUUCCCUGAGCUCUUGUAUCAUACGCAGAAUUGUAUGGUUCCCCGUUGCACUAACCUCAGCUAAAUAUUAACAUGAAUAAAGAAGCAUGUUAAUCAUA